AGAACAGGCCCACAGUCAAGAUGUGCGAUCGGGGUUAAACAAAUGGAUGGGAUAUUUUUGGUUAGAUUGCGAUUCAACAAACUUUAAAGUCUCGUAUGAUAAUUAUUUCGUCACGAUACUAAAAUGCAUAAUUGUUUAAUUAGUUCACGUAAAUGACAUGCGCACGUAUAUAUUCUUUUACGUAGAAACGUAUGCGAGCAAGGGUCAAAGUUGACGAAGAGCACGUUCUGCACUGCGAAUUGUUUUUAAGAUUUUCUGAAUCUAGCGAAUAGCUUUGCUAUUCUUUUAUUAUGAAGAGACGUCAGAGGAGGCCGGUCUUGACACUCAAUAGAUCUCAAGGCAAUUAUCAUGUCGAACACACUCAGAAUAGAUGCAAAUCAGUGAAUAAUAUACAAUCUAUACAAAAUGAAGCCAAUAAUCCAUUGGCCAAUUUGUGCCAAUACAAUUCUGAUAGUGAUACAGAGGAUCCCAAGAAAGAUACACAAAAAUUAGAUGAUCAAGUCAAUGACUUCUUUAAGGAAAUUCAACUUAUUGCCCCGGAACAACCUGUUCCAAACACUGCUAAUGAUUCAAGCUUAACAACUAAACCAACUCCACAGUCUGUGCAUCAUACAAGUCAGCAAACAUUAUGGCAAGAAUGUUAUGAUGAUUCUACUGGUUAUCCUUAUUAUUGGCACAUUGAGACUAAUGAGGUAACAUGGGACAUGCCAGAUGAAUUACGUUUAAUAAAAAAACAAUCUGAGAUGGGAUCUGGAGUGAAACAUUCAAUCCAGGGAACUCAUUGGGUAGAUUUUUCAUCCAUCGCAUAUCGACAGUCACAAGCAAAUAUACCAGAGGGUAUGAUACCACAAGAGGUUGUAGCAAGAAAUCGUAACAGAUUCAUGCACAAUGAAACUCUUAAGAAGUGUAACUCGGAAAGCAAGCCAGAAAUUAAGAACGAAUCUCCUGUGAAGGAUGAUGACUCAGAUGAUGGACGGAUAGAAAUGAUAACAUCUUUUGGUAGUGAUGGAAGCGAUUCAGAGGAUGAAAAUAAUUCCUCAGACGAGAAAAAGAUAUCGACAGCUUUAGAAUUGGGAAAUUCUAAUUCUGUACCGUAUCUAAAAGCUGGUGAAAUUGGACCUGCUUUCCAUCCAACGGGAACGCAGUCACCUACCAAAAAUUUGUCUCAUUCAUAUAAAUUUGACUCGACUAACAUAUCAAAUUGUACGAAUCAAUCCGAACAAUCUGACAAAUGUAAAAUAACUGAAUCUAGUAAUAAAAAUAGUAUAGCUCAAGGAGAAAAGAUUUCCAUAGGAAACAAGAAUAGAAAAGAUAUUAAUACACAAAAUGCAGUUCCAAAAUUGGAUUUUAAAGUGUCCUUAGUACCUGGUUAUGGAGAUGAUUCAGAUGGAGAAGAGGAAGUUAAGCCCAAGCAAGAGAUAAAACCUUUAUUCCCAAUUGCGCAAGAUGAUGAAUACAUAGAUGUGAUAAAUUCAUCAAAAAUGUCUCAUGUUUCUACAAAAAAUUCUAGUAAUAUACAAACUUGUGAUCAGUGUAAUGACAAUGGAGACAGUCAAGAAACAAAGAAUGAUGAAAAAACGCAGGAAAAAGACUCAAAGAUAGAUGAAGAUAAAUCGAAGACAAAUAUAUUUCUUGAGGACAUGCAGAUGUGUGGCAAGGCUUUUCAAAGGAAGAAACGAAUAGCAUUUGAUGUUCCAUCAACAAAAGUUAAACAAAAUAACAUUUAUCAUGACGUUGUGGUUCAAAAUGAUAAUAACAGCGAUCUUGCAAGCAGUGAAACUAUUUCGUGUAAUACUGAGGACGACGAUGCAAAAAUUCAUAAUCAAUCAUGCACAGAAAACCAAGAAGAAUCCAAUGAAAUGCAUAAAGAAACAGAACAGUGUUCUAGUAUAAAAACUGAUGAAAAACUCGAUUCAAAGGACGAAUCCUGCGAUUCGGAAGUACUUGCAGAAGACAAAACAAGUAUAACCAAUACAAUUGAAGAGAAAGAUAAUGAUAAAAGGGAGAUGAACGACUUAUCUCAGAUUAUAACAGAAAAAUUAAAAUUUCUUUCCGAAGGAAGAGAAAGCGUCUCUGCUGUCCAAACAAUGCAAAUUCAAUUACAAACAUUAUCUACUGCAUGGGCAGCAAAUAGCUUAGAGGAAAGUUACUUUCAAAAGUGGCUGACUAAUACAAAUCAUGAAUUGGAAAGAUUAGAGCAAGAUGCAGCACCAGCUGGUUGGCUAUGUCAGUGGGAUAGAUCGCACAAGAGAUAUUACUACCACAAUACAUCCACUGGAACAUCACAGUGGACUUACCCUGAUACUGGUAUUGCCGGUGGCACUGAGGAGAUGGAAUUAUGCACAACUCCGCCACCAGAAUCGGAAGAGUUAACAAUCGCGGAAUCACCUGGAACGAAAAGGACGAAGGAGAAGCAAGCUGAAGAGAUGGACGAUAAUAAGACGGAAGACGAGAAUAUAUCGGAGAGACGUCCCACGGAUUUGGAAGCACCACCUCCACCACAAAUAUCUAAUCCGAGUCCACCACCGCCACCGAGAAUAUUUGCAGAAGAUUUAAAGAAAGACAAAAGGAAAAAAGAGAAGCCUGAUGAUAAAUCCUUGGACGCAAAGAGAAAACGUUUGGGGAGAGACAAUAUAACAACUCUAGAUACGGCGCAAAUAGUAAAUCCUGCGUUAGAAUCCUUGUCUUACACGCAUCCACAAGCAGCUAUGUCACCUCAAACCACGAUAUCUUCGAAUCAUGCGAAUAUGGAACCUUUACCACCGGGUGUGGAUCUGCCGGAAACGUCCUAUGAGGCGGCUACCUUGAAAGGUAUAAUAUAUAACGCAGCAUCGCAGCAAAGUAAUGCGAUUUAUGCUCCUUCGAUUGGAGAUCCAACAAUACCUAUUCUAAGUCAUCAUCAGGCGGGCCUGCUUCAAGAGCCUUUUGUUCAUUAUCCAGCCUUUCAUCAACAUUUGCAUAAUACAAUCGCUGUUGCGAACAAGCACGGUGGGCAGAAUGCAAUUCAAUUUAUGGUGGGAUACACGCCGAUUUAUACAAAUAAUAAAAUCAUCGCCAAACCGCCGGUUAAGGCUUCGAAGGAAUCUCUGGGAUCCGCUCUUGAUUCCUUUUAUAAUGAUAUUGCGCGCAUCGAGAAAACGGAAACAGAACGAACAGUGCAACAACAGGAUCCUGUUGUUAGUGUAACGGAACAAGCACCCGCCCCGAUAGAGGAAAUGAAACCGGAAACGGAAUCGGAAACCGUAUCGAAUGAUACAAUUAUGAAAGAACGGAAAAAGAAAAAGGCGAGACUUAGUAUCAGCAAAAAGCAUAAGGAAAUGUCAACUAUGGUGGCAAAGUGGCAAAGGGUACAAAAAAAUCUAGAAGAUACUGUAUAAAUAAUAAAAACCGAUCGCGCGAAAUAAAAUAAUUAAUUGUCGUA